UGGCACGCGCACUGAUGCUAAUAUAGACUUGUGUUGAUUAGAUAUACUGUACGCGUUAACAUUUGGUGUAGAAAGUUAUGGUUUCGGACGCGGGGGUGAAGGCUGAGGGUCCGACCUGGCUGUGACCCGCCUUGCGCCUCCGAACUUCCGAACUGCGGCUCUGCGCGUGAGACAGUCCUCCCUCCUUCACCCCGCUGUGUCCCUCCCUCCCUCCCUCCCUCCGCCUCAGUGCUCUUCAUCCACCCUCCCUCCUUCGCUCCCUUUCCCUCCCUCCCUCCCUCCCUCCUUCCCUCUCCCCCCGGACCGGACAGCGCGCGGCAGGACGAGACGAGACAGGAGCGAGGAUGCGCUUUUAACGAGACACCGCAAGCAUCACGUGCAGAAGCGGACAGGACAAACCCGAGGGCACAACAAAAACAUAAAGGAGGGGAGGAAAAAAAAGUUUGCAUUCUUCGUGCGCCGGAGCUGAAGUUCAUUUUUUUUGUUGUUGUUGUUGGUGGUGUUUAAAAAAAAAAAAAAGAAAGAAAAGAAAAAAAAGGGAAAAAAAAAUCAGAAACCGAAAAAAAACCCGGAACAUUUCCUGGACGCACGUGGACGCAUGGGACAACAACACAAACCGGGACCCUUCCCGUUAUCCUCCUCAUCUCUGAUUUUCUGAAAGCGUGCUCUCCUUUUUUUUUGCGUGGGUGUGUGUGCGCGCGCGCGUGUUUUUGUGUGCAGCAGAGCUCACGAAGGCUGGACUCAAUGGCCGUGUGUGUGAUAGCACAAGCUGGCUAAGACACGUCCAGAUAUCGCCGUCUCCCCACCAGUACAACCUCACAGCUCUUCCGAUACAUGACCAGAUAUUUUACCGUGUGGUGCGCAAAGUUUCUCCGGGUGAAGAACUCGUACUGUUCAUGAAGGCUGAAGAGUUUUCAUUUGAGGCCAUGGCUCCAGAUAUACACGAGGAGCGUCAGUUCCGCUGUGAGGACUGCGAGCAGCUUUUCCCGUCCGGCUCAGAGCUGCUGGAGCAUCAGAACCACUCGUGUUCCAACCGGCCCUCGUCCGGCUUCACGCUGCCCGAGCAGGCCAUCCCGAGCGCCACCGACGAGUGUAAAGAAUGUGAGAGAGUGUUUCCGGAUGGUCAGAGUCUGGAGGCACACUCUCUCUCCCACUCAGACGAGAGGGAGUACAAGUGUGACCAGUGCCCGAAGGCCUUCAACUGGAAGUCCAACCUGAUUCGCCACCAGAUGUCACAUGACAGCGGCAAGCACUACGAAUGUGAAAACUGCUCCAAGCAGGUGUUUACAGACCCAAGCAACUUGCAGAGGCACAUCCGCUCGCAGCACGUCGGUGCACGGGCGCACGCCUGCCCCGACUGCGGCAAAACCUUCGCCACGUCGUCCGGCCUCAAGCAGCACAAACACAUCCACUCGUCCGUCAAGCCCUUCAUGUGUAAGUCUCUCACCCCCUUCAUAUGCGAGGUGUGCCACAAGUCCUACACCCAGUUCUCAAACCUGUGUAGGCACAAGCGCAUGCAUGCUGACUGUCGGACUCAGAUCAAGUGCAAAGACUGUGGCCAGAUGUUUAGCACCACCUCUUCCCUCAACAAACACCGCCGCUUUUGCGAAGGCAAAAACCAUUUUGCUGCUGCCGCAGGAGGGCUUUUUGGCCCUGGCAUGGCUCUUCCUGGCACUCCCGGAAUGGACAAGUCUGCUCUAGGAAUGGGGCCAGGAUCCGCUGGUUUGGCAGAUUAUUUUGGUCCAAAUAGGCACCAUGGUGGACUAACGUUUCCAGCAGCUCCUGCAGCAUUCCCCUUCAGUUUUCCAGGACUCUUCCCAUCUGGACUGUACCACCGACCACCCCUCAUCCCUGCCACAACUCCCAUAAAAAGCCCACCAGCCUUGGAAUUCCAGAAGAGUCCACCAUUAUCCUCACCUUUGCCUGGGAUGCAAGAGUCCCAGGACCUCCUGAUGAGCCUCCGAAAGCACUCGAUCAACGGGGAAGGAACAGAAAAUGGGCCAGAGCAUCUGAUAGAAGGCUCCGCCACUAAGGCAAGACAGGGCAUUAAGACAAGUGACAAUUCAGAGAGCAGUGACUUGGAUGACGUUAGCACUCCAAGUGGAAGUGAGCUAGAGAGUACUUCCGGGUCAGAACUGGACAGCGAUGCUGAGAGUGACCGGGAUCGAGAAAGGAAUCGGGAAAAUGGGAAAGGACCAAAGAGGAGAUCCAGUAGUCCUACCAUGGGGCAAAGCCCCGCCCACGGCAGCUCCAGCAAUGGCAGUGUUGGCAACAUAAACGGAACUGAUGUGCCUCCACAACGACUUUUUUCUCCCGUUUCGGAUGAGCGCACCGCUGUUUCUGGAGCUGUCAAUGAUUCCAUCAAGGCCAUUGCGUCCAUUGCAGAGAAAUACUUUGGCUCCACAGGACUGGCAGGUCUGCACAAUAAAAAAGGGGACCCACUGGGAUACCCUGCCAUGUUUCCCCUCCCCUUCUUCCCUGCUUUCUCUCCACCAGUCUACCCCUUCCAUGAGAGGGAGCAUCUUCGACCUCGAGACCACAAAGCAGAGCCAGAGAGCCCAUCGCAAGAAAGCAAGAAGCCACAAGGCAGCACUGCUGAAUCUCCCUUCGACCUCACCACAAAGCGCAAAGAGGAGUGCCUAGCGCAGACCUUUGCCACCUCGAAGCUGGAGGUACCCCGUAUACUCUCUGCCAAUCAGGACCAACCACUGGACCUGAGUUUGGGUGGGCGGGGCCGGAGCACACGCCUUAGAUCAGGGGAGUCACAGAAGAACCACAUGAUUGGUGAAGACAGAAAUGAGACAGAGCCUCCAAAAGCAGACUCCACCAUCCAGCAUGCAAGACCCACCCCAUUCUUUAUGGACCCCAUUUACAGCAGGGUUGAGAAGAGAAAAGCGACGGAUCCGUUCGAGGCGCUGAAAGAAAAGUAUAUGCGUCCCACACCAGGCUUCCUCUUCCACCCACAGCUCCGCAUGCCUGAUCAGAGGACCUGGAUGUCAGCGAUAGAAAACAUGGCGGAGAAGUUGGAAGCGUUCGGCCCGUUGAAGUCCGACGCCGGCGACAUCAUGCGCUCGGUUCCCUCCGUGUUCGAUUUCCGAGCUCCGGCCACGACGCUGCCCGAAACACUGCUGCGUAAGGGGAAGGAACGCUACACAUGCAGAUACUGCGGCAAAAUAUUCCCACGCUCAGCUAACCUCACACGCCAUCUCCGAACACACACAGGGGAGCAACCGUACAGGUGUAAGUAUUGCGAUCGUUCGUUCAGUAUCUCGUCAAAUCUGCAGCGUCACAUCAGGAACAUCCACAACAAAGAGAAACCGUUCAAAUGCCACCUGUGUGACCGCUGCUUUGGCCAACAGACCAACCUGGACCGGCACCUCAAAAAACACGAGAACGGUAAUCUGUCAGGCACGGCGAUGUCCUCACCACAGUCAGAGCUGGACAGCAGCAGUGCUAUCCUGGAUGAUAAAGAGGACUCGUACUUCAACGAGAUUCGCAAUUUCAUCAGCAGCAGUGGCCAGAGCGCUGGCUCACCUCCACACUCCGAUGAAGGUUUAAACAGCGGCCAUUUCGAGGACGACAAAGCCGUCACCGAUCCACGGUCACAUGACCUGGAUGAAGAGGAAGGGGAGGAGCCUGGAGUGGAGGAGGAAGAGGAAGCAGAGCUCUGCGACGCCGACAAACCUGCCAACAAAGCAGCGUCUAGCAACCUAGGUGACGACAUCGCCAACGACAUCAACGACGAGCUGGACUACGAUGGCGCCCCCGAUGCACUCCUGGACUGCAAAUCUUCUCCACAGAGGUGUGUGUUUGACGAGGAUGACGAGGACGACGAGCACGGCCGAUUCCCAGCGCUCGAUCACAUCCGUCACUUCGCCACGGACGACGCGGAGCUCAGUGACGGCGAUGUCACAGGAUUUGACUCCGCCCACCUGAGCGAGGCUGUGAAGCCGCAACUGUACAGGAAGUCCAAGUCACAGGCUUACGCCAUGAUGUUGUCUCUGGCAGAUAAAGACCCUCUGCCCCCUCCCUCUCACGCCGCCUCGGUGUGGCACACACUCGGACGCACGGCCGAGUCCAACGCCAUCCAGUCCCUCAGUCACGUAUGAUGUCCUAAACGUCCGACCUCCGUGACCUCUCACCCCAACCACAGGCACUCGGACCACAAACUCGGACUCGAUCAUGCACAGCCCCGUACACUGCUGAGUAGAGCGCUUUGUUCUUCUGAAAACACUAAUGUCAGGGUCCUCGGAGUGUACACACACACACACACACACACACACACACGGUAUCCAACAACACUACUCAUGACAUAAUCUGACAUUACACAUUAGAUUGAUUUUUAUUCCAGUGGAUGAUUUUUUUAACGAUGGUGAUUUUACAAUAUAACACAAAUAUCUCUCAAUCAUGAUGAUGAUGAAGAUGAAGUUAUGCAUAUAGUAGUAAUAAACGUUGUAUUUAUUCUGUCCGGUUUCUAUGUUUUGCACAGCAACGGCAGCUCAUCGACAGCGGAAAAGAAGCAUUAAAGUGAAACACUAUGAUAUUGCGAUCAAGCGAUCUAUUUUAUUUUCCCAUUGAGUCGCUUAAGGGACCGUUCGAGAGUCUUCCAUAUUAAAAAAUAAAGAAUUUACAUUUCACACACACACACACACACACACACACACACACACACACACACACACACACACACACCGUUACUGAUGACAUUCCCUUUAAAGCAGAAUAAUCUACAACGACCUUUUUAAAAGGGCAGGUUACAACAUGGCGUGUAAAUUAAUUGUAAUAUGUGUGUGUGUAUAUAUAAAUAUAUAUAUAAAUUGGAAUCAUAACAGGUCACAUGGAGGCACUCUUACAAAAUUAAAUAAAUAAAAAAUACAAAAAAAAAAAAAAAAAACGAUAUAAAGAGGACAGUGGGUGUGGAAACCGUUCUCCGAUUCUGUCAAUAAAAGCACUGCAUAUUUAACCUGGACUCCGCCCACUCUCUCUGCACUGUCCAAUGACAGCUGAGAUGUGUUUUCUUUUCUUCUUUUUUUUUUCCUUUUAAAAAAAAAUGUUUGUUUUUCUUUGGAGAGAGGUUGUAAAAAUGAAUCAUUUUGCUUGUUUUUUCUAAACAGAGAAAAGCUGUAAAAUUACUGAAGUUUGUAGAAGGAGCUUCUACCGUAGUGUUGUUCUUUAACUGACCGACGUUACCACUACGCAGCCUGCGUGCUAGUAGCUAGCUGUUCCAUUCUCGUGUUUCAUUUCUAGACAAUCAUGAGUUCAUUGUUUGUUUGUUUUUGGGGUUUUUUUGUAUUUCUUCUGUUCUCGUAUGACGGUUAUUGCUGUGUAUGUCGAAAGGUGUAUUUAUUUCCGUAGUUCGUUUACUGAAUAGCACUGCUCUUGAGCUCCACCUUGUGGUGAAGCGGGAGAACACAAGUUAUGUCUGCGUGCCAGAUAGUAUUAAACCUUCAUCACGUCACGUCUUAUACUUCUAAUGAAACUGGUCUAUGAAAUAGUUAUUACUUAGGGUUGGUUUGUUUUGUUUGUUUUUUUUGUUUUUUGCUUUUUUUUAUUUUGAUGACACAUUUAUUAAUUCAAGUGUAAAAUAUUAAAUAAAAAAAUAAGGAGAGCAUACAAAUCAAAGAUAUUUCUUCGUUUUAAAAUAAACGCAUGACUGGUGUGGCUUAGAAUUGUAACAUUUUUUUUUCUACAGUUGUGUGCAAGCUUGUGUGACGUUUGGGUCCCUAUUGAGUCGUCGUGCCAAACUCUAUAAUUAAAAAAAAAAAAAAAAAAAGACUUUAUUUGUUUGUCUUCACAUGUUGAAGGACCAGAUCUUUUUUGUUGUUGUUGUUGUUGGUUUGUUUGUUGUCAUUGUUUAUAAUUCCAUUUUUAAACGUAAUUGGCAAGUCGAGGUACUUUUGUUCUGAUGCUUUCUACAAUGUAACUGUAAUGCAUUUCAAUUGAGUAAUGUGGGAGGAGCAACUAAGAAAUAAAGGACUCCAGUGUA